AUGAAGAUAAUUAGCAAGCAUGAUCCAAAAGGAGGAUUGCAAGUUGCUUUAGACAUUGAAUCGUGGGCGAUAAAGCCAAUGACAUAUAAUGAAUCUGAGGGGCAAUGGGAGUAUGUUGUAGACACAGGUGAUAAAGAAGUUGAGAAGGUUCAUUUUAAGUUCAUCGAUGGUAAUGGGACUUGGUUUACCGAUAAUGAUUUCCCCAAAGAAUUUGAUGAUAUUGGAAAUGAAAACAACGUUAUUUAUUCUAACAGCAAUGGCCCCGAGCUAAAGAAUUACGUAACUAAUACAAAUGAUGCGAAUGAUUCGCCAACCAACACCCCAAAGGAACAAAACUUGGCUUCUCUUCCAGAAACAAAGACUGUAAACAACAACGACACAAAGAAGGAAGAAAAAGACAAGAAUGUUGAAGCAGAGAAAGCGAAAGGGGAAAAUAAUGAUAAAGGGGUAAAGGAUGAACCAAAACCAACUAAUUUCGAAAAUAACAAGCUAGGUUCAACAACACAAAACAAAACUGGUGAAGAACACUCACAACCCCAAGAGGAAGUUCAAGAACCGGCUGCUAAAGCAGAAACCGCAACGAAGAAAGAAGUCUCUAAAGAGAGACCCACUACUGCCGAGACGUCAGUAACUCAUAGGAGUGAUCCAAUUACCGAAUAUUCUUCAUUUUUGGACAGAAUAAUACUGUUUUUGAAGAGAACAAUCAGCAAAUGGUUUAGCUUCCAGGGAUCUUCAUCGACAAAUUCUUGA